AUGGCAAACCUCAGAGCAGCAUGCAGAACGCCUUUGCGCCAGCUCACGUCGCGCCCAACAGCCGCAAUUCCGACGAAUCAUUCAAGAUUACUGCAGCGACAAUGGCGGGGCUACGCAACAAGCUUGGAUGCACAGCAAAAGGUAGAUCUGAUCGAGCGGAAAUUUGACGCCGUCCUCGAUGCUCUCGGCAGUGUUAUGCAAAACAAGUAUUCGGAAGGAUAUCCGGGCGCACGAUACUACGGAGGAAAUGAACACAUUGACGAGGCAGAGCGACUGUGUCAGCAAAGAGCGCUCAAAGCGUUCGGCCUGAGUCCUGAUGAGUGGGGUGUCAACGUCCAGGCUCUCUCAGGCUCGCCUGCAAACCUCUACGCUUACUCCGCCAUUCUCAACACCCAUGACCGAAUUCUCAGUCUCGAUCUGCCCCACGGCGGCCACUUGUCGCAUGGCUACCAAACGCCCACUAAGAAGAUCUCGGCCGUCUCCAAGUACUUUGAGACUCUCCCAUACAGACUUAAUGAGAAAACGGGCAUCAUUGACUACGAGAAGAUGGCGGAAUUGGCGCACCUGUACAGGCCCAAGGUCAUUGUUGCGGGCACGUCAGCAUACAGUCGCUUGAUUGAGUACGAGAGGAUGCGAAAGCUGGCAGAUGAGGUUGGCGCAUACCUUCUCUCAGAUAUGGCUCAUAUCUCUGGACUGGUCGCUGCUGGCGUCAUCCCAUCUCCGUUUCCCCACUCCGACAUCGUGACCACAACCACCCACAAGUCGCUGCGCGGCCCGCGAGGCGCUAUGAUCUUCUAUCGCAAGGGUGUUAGAAAGGUGGACAAGAAGGGUAAGCAGGAGAUGUACGAUCUAGAAGGUCCGAUCAAUGCCUCGGUGUUUCCAGGUCACCAGGGAGGGCCCCAUAACCAUACAAUUACUGCUUUGGCCGUAGCCCUGCAACAAGCUUCGAGCAAAGAAUUCAAGGACUACCAGCAGCAGGUUCUUGAAAAUGCAAAGGCCCUUGCGCAUCGUCUGGGCGCUUCAAAGGACAGCGGCGGCCUUGGCUACAAUAUCGUCUCCGGCGGCACCGACAACCACCUUGUUCUCGUUGACCUCAAAGACCGUGGUGUAGAUGGCGCUCGAGUAGAGCGUAUUCUGGAGCUUGUUGGCGUCGCUUCGAACAAGAACACUGUCCCUGGCGACAAGUCUGCCAUGAAGCCCGGCGGUCUGCGCCUCGGUACCCCCGCCAUGACAACCCGCGGCUUCCAGGCCGACGACUUCAAGCGGGUAGCUGAUGUCGUACACCGAGCAGUCGGUAUCACACAGAAGCUAGACACAGACGCAAGAAAGAAGGCAGAGGACAUGGGCCGCAAGAACCCUGGCAGUGUAGCGGCUUUCAAGGAAUACGUCGGUGAGGGUGAGGACAUUACUGAAAUCAUCGAACUCAAGAAAGAAGUUGCGGAUUGGGUAUCUACAUUUGCGCUGCCCUGGGACAAGGCGCAAUGAUGAGCAAUGACUGAAUGAACGUGUAUGCGCUGGCAGCGGGGUUCUGGCGUUUGAGGUGAGGGUAAGGGUCAAUGUAUAUAUGAUAGCUUCUUUCACUUUCCCUUACCAUUGCGACAAUAGCAGUCUGUCUCAACUGCUUAAUUCAACACUAUUGUCCU